CCUACCGCGAUCAUAUUCUUAUUGUGGCUAAGAACUAUCUCCUUGAUUCAUGAUGUCUGGUCUAUUCGUGGAUGCAAUGUCCUUACCUAUAUUCGCUCUCGUGACUUCUAUGUUCUCCCCUUCGACAAGGUUUGGAGUUGAUUUCGAUACGGAAGCGAACGAGGAAAGAGGUGAUGCGCAUAUCUACGUCGCGUCAAACGGCCAUAUCAUCGCGACUGUGAUCCGGACGCUCUUUCUUGUGCAAAUCUCUCAUAGCAGCUGCGCAUCGCACGCUACCUUGACGGCGGCUUCUCCCGCCCUACACUGGUCGGCGCCACGUGCAAAAAGCCUCAUGAUAGGCUGUGUUCCGGCACAUUUAAAACUAGAUUUAGUCCACGGGAAGUGCCAACGGAGUGCGGGAGGACUGGAGCCAGCGGGUAGCGGACCCAGAUCCAAACGAAAAGUCCCCAAAAACGCAGAUGCCAAACAGCAGCAGACAGUGUACCAUGGAGCGGUCGGUCGUACCCGGCGAGAGGCGCGCCAUGAAACGGGGAGAGACGGGACAAAAAGGACGUCAGGAGCCGAGCUCGAACGGCGGCAAUUGGUACCUGUCAAAGCACAGCACGAGACUCUGAGACAAUGCGUUACCCGUGGUGGUACCAGCACCGCAAGACAGAGUGGUGAAGGGUACCACGGCAUAGAAAACGGAGGAGGGAGAGCUCAGAGAAGACGAGAAGAGAUCCUUCGACGAGCACGACCGCAUUGGAGGGUCGUUGGAGGGGGCCACCAGGCCACACAAUCGGGCUCACACAGUGCAACAUUCGGGUGGUAG